GCGUGGCCUUUGCUAGAGUCAGACGUCUCUUGUGUUUGCUGGGUGUAAUUUGUAGUGUGAAACGUGUGGAGGCGCACUCACUUGACAUAAAAUAAACAAAAACUAUUUUUAGUCUGCAAAAAAUUUGAUUGCUUUUUGCCACGCACUAGUCAGAUCAACUGCAGCAACCAAAAAUGCCGCCCUUAGACUGUAAAUCACGACGGGGCACCAAAAUAUCCGUCAUCAUUUUGGGAAGUGCCCUGUGCUUUGUAAUGAUGGCUUAUUUUGUAUUUGGAGACAGCAAUGACGAACAAGGCUUGAGAAAUCUACGCAUGAUAUCCAUUCUGUUUCGCCAUGGCGCCAAGAAUCCAAGUGGUUUCUAUCCACACGAUCCUCAUGCGGCUCAUGACUGGCAGGGCGGCAUUGGUGCCCUUACACCGAAGGGCAGCUUGCAAGCUUAUAAUCUGGGCCGGAAUCUACGCAUGCGCUACUAUCGUCUAUUGCCAUCGAAUAGUAUAUACACACAGCAACAGGUGCAUGUACUUAGCUCCGCUGCAGAGCGCUGUGUGAUGAGCGCACAAAGCGUUUUGGCAGGUUUUAUGCCACCGCUGGAGAAUAACAAUGUGUUGCCCAUACCCUGGCAGCCGGUGGCUGUAAAUACUCUGGCUCGCAAUGAUGACAUUUUACUGGCCCAGAAGAAACCCUGUCUCAAGUAUGAUAAUAUAUUGCAAAAACUGUAUAAGUUUCCACCACCGGAUUUGCAAAAACUUAACGAAGAGAACAAAGAACUCUACAAAUUGCUUACGAAAAAUACAGGCAAGAAUAUUUCUAAUGUUCUUGAUGUGGAGCUUCUCUAUGGCACACUGAAAACUGAAGAGGAGGCCAGUUUGGUAUUGCCCGAUUGGACAGAGAAUAUCUAUCCGGAGGAGAUACGUCCAUUGGCUGAACGUAGUUAUGUGCUCUUUACCGAAACGAAUCUAAUGAAGCGGAUUAAGGGCGGGGCAUUUUUAACCGAAAUUCUAAAUAAGAUGCAAAACAAACGAAAGAGAAAUUUAAAUCCAGAUCGCAAAAUAUUUCUAUAUGCUGGCCACGAUGUUACCUUGGUCAAUGUCAUGAACUCUUUGGGUAUAUUGGAUCAAACCGCUAAAUUGCCGGAAUAUGCUUCUGCUUUAGUAUUUGAGCUUCAUCAUAGCAAAUCGUUUAGUAAUGCUGAUUUUGAAGUCAAGUUGGUUUACUACUACAAUAGCGAAGAUAAGUUCCCCAAGGAGCUAACCAUACCAAAUUGUGAUGCUCCCUGCUCCUUGACGCAAUUCGAAGACUCUCUGAAGUCAUUGUUACUGGAUAAAUACGAUGAAACAUGCGAGAAUCAUGCUCCGGAUUGCAAAAAUUGAUCUGCUUUAUUACUAAUAUCAAUAUUAUUAUUGUAUUUUAAA